ACCAGCAGCAGCGCAUAAUCUUUGUUUUGGUUUCUCACGCAGAUUUCUUUCGUUCUUUUUGUGAGCUGAUAUCUGAUCGGAAACGUCCUCAGUUUCCAGCGAUUUUUACGUCACAAGUUCUUUCUUGGUCACAACAUGAAAGUCCUCACCCUGUAUAAACAGAUGCUCCGGGAGUCACAGAAAUUUAGCUCCUACAAUUACCGAUCGUACGCACUGCGCCGGAUCCGGGAUGCAUUUCGAGAGAACAAAACCUUAACUGACGCGACAAAGAUACAAAGCGAGUUGGAAUACGCUCAAAAUAAUUUGGAGAUUAUUAAACGACAGGCUUUACUCAGUCAGCUAUUCCGAGUGGAUAAAUUAGUCAUCGAGAAAUAAAUCUCCUAAACGUAUUGGACGCAGCUUUCAUCACUUUAGACCGUCGUUGCUUCGAAUAUCGAAGUGACUACCUAAUUAAACAUUUAUUUACCUUGCGAGUCUAAGUUCUUAUAGCCUAUGAACUUUGACCAGCCAAGGGAAACCGGCUUGGAUAAUGUUGCAUAGUAUUUAAAUAUCGUUAGGAAGUUUUUGAGUAAUUUUUGAAAAUAAACUAGUUAAAAACGUAA